AUGUAUAGAGCUCUUGGUAGACAUCGGCUCAUAUACCGUUCCCUCAUAUCAAACUACGUUAAAACUGGUCUCAUAGACAAAGCCCUCCAAGUGUUCGACAAAAUGUCUCAAUCAGAUUGUCGAGUUUUCAGCAUUGACUACAACCGAAUCAUUGGCGUUUUGGUAUGUCAUUCACGUUUCGAAUUAGUGGAACUGUAUUACGAUGCCAUGAUUCCAAAAGGGUAUUCUUUAAACUCAUUCACAUACUCAAGGUUUAUAUGUGGUUUAUGUAAAGUUAAAGACUUUAGAUUGAUUGAUAAACUUUUAAAAGACAUGAAUAGAAUAGGAGCUGUGCCUGAUAUGUGGGCAUACAAUAUGUAUUUAAAUGUUCUCUGUUCUGAAAGCUCAGUGGACAUAGCUUUAACAGUGUUGACAAACAUGGUCGAGAAGGGUAAAGAACCUGAUGUUGUGAGCUACACCACUGUUAUAAACGGUCUAAUGAGGGCUAAAAAGUUCAAUGAAGCUGUUGAAAUGUGGCAUGAAAUGAUCCGAAAAGUAGGUUUCAUGAAACUUUCCUUCAGCACACAAGUGUACAAUGUUCUUAUUCAUGGGUUUUGUAAAGCUGGUUGCCUUAAUAAAGCACUAGCAAUCAAAAGCUUUAUGAGAAGAAACGGGUGUCCACCUGAUUUGGUUACUUACAACAUCUUUUUGAAUUAUUAUUGUGAUGAAUUGAUGUUAGAAGAAGCUGAAAAGCUAAUGAAGAGUAUGGAGAGAAGUGGUAUGAAGCUUGAUAGUUAUAGUUACAACCAAAUCAUCAAAGGUUUUUGCAAAGUGAAUCGUAUAGAAAAGGCAUACAUGUUAAUUGUGAGAAAAAUGGAAGUGAAAGGUAUAGUUGAUGUUGUAUCUUACAACACAAUCAUUAAAGCUCUUUGUAAAGGGCCCCACAACACUAUGAAAGCAUACGAGUUAUUUAAAGAAAUGGGCAUUCAAGGGAGAAUAUCAAUGGGUUAUGAUAUCUUUUGUGAUAUGGUGAAAGAUGGGAUUAAACCUGAUGUUGUUUGUUAUAAUGCGAUUAUUGGUGGGUUUUGUAAGGGUUUUAGGGUAAGUGAAGCUAUGGAUUUGUUUGAGAAGAUGAAAGUUGAAGAUUUGUAUCCAGAUGAAGUGACAUUUAGAUUGAUUAUUAGAGGACUUAUCUUUCAGAGACUCUUGUUAAAUCCAUCCAUUGAAAACAUGCAUAUGGCAUAUAAGUAUUGGAAAAAAGGUUGAAAUAUUUUGAUUUGAAGCUGGGCAUAUGAGUAAAGUUGAUAUGCCACUUCAAAGUCUCAUCAUCUUUCCAAUUGACUUCAAGUUGUUGACCAAGGUGCUCGUUAAAUGAGGAGGGCAUUUACGUCUUUUGCACAUACGAGAAGUCGAGAGUGAGUCAUUGCCCUCUCUUGUUCCACCAUUGGUAUUAAUCUCUGUUCUAGUCUAAUGCAUGUCAAACACAGUACAAGACUAGCAGUCUGUUUUUGUCUUGUCACGUGUAACAAACGGGCCUGAAGCACUUGAAGGAGACAAUAAGAUGUUAAUAAGGUGACAAACCAUGUUAUGUCAUAAACAUUUUAUGAAACAAAUGGAAAACAAUUUCCAAGUUGGAUUUUAAUAAUGAAAAAUGUGAGUUCAAAAAUGUUUGUAAAAUCAUUUGGAUAGGGUAGAGAUUGAUGAAACAUUUUAAUAUCUAAACUUAGUUUGAUGUAUAUAUGUAGCCACAAAAUGAGCUCUAAAAUGUUCAAUUGUAAUUUUGUAUUUUUCUUUUUUAAAAGAGAAUUCCAUGAUG